AUGGCACCAAAGAAAAAGGAGGAAGAGCAGAAAGUCCUGCUCGGAAGGCCCAAGAAUACACUGAAAAUGGGAUUAGUAGGCUUGCCCAACGUUGGUAAAUCUACCACGUUCAACGUACUGACGAAGCUGAACAUUCCCGCGGAGAACUACCCCUUCUGUACAAUCGAUCCGCACGAAGCCAAGGUGACAGUGGAGGACGAGCGAUUCGACUGGCUAGUGAGCCACUUCAAGCCGAAGAGCAACGUGCAUGCGUAUCUGUCCAUCUUCGACAUUGCCGGCCUCGUAAAAAACGCACACCUCGGAGAAGGCCUUGGAAACAACUUCCUCUCCAACAUUGCAGCAGUGGAUGGAAUAUAUCACGUCGUCCGUGCAUUCGAAAAUGAAGAUAUCAUACACACGGAGGGAAAUAUAAACCCUGUGAGAGAUAUGGAAAUUAUAAACUCAGAGUUGAUUUACAAGGACAUAAGUCACUGUGAAAAAAAUCUGGAGGAAGUUACUAAAGUGUUAAAUAGAAAUAAGAAGGAUAAAGUCAAACAGAACGAACAUGAUGUAUUAACAACUGUGUUAAGCUUUCUGAAGGAACAUAAAUGGAUCAAGGAUGGCAAUUGGAAAAGUUCAGAAGUUGAAGUAAUCAACGAGUAUAAUUUCCUUACUGCGAAACCAGUGGUUUAUUUGGUGAAUAUGAGUGAAACAGAUUUUAUUCGCCAGAAGAAUAAACACUUGGCGAAAAUUUACAAUUGGGUACAGGAGAAGAAUAAGGGGACAAUCAUCCCUUACUGUGCAGACAUGGAGUUGAAAUUGCUAUCCAUGAGUGAAGAUGAGAAAAAAACUUAUUUUGAAGAGAACAAGAUAAAACAGAGUAUGUUAAGUAAGAUAGUAAAAACUGGAUACUACGAAAUUAACUUAAUUCAUUUUUUUACGUGUGGAGCAGAUGAAGUUAAGUGUUGGACUAUACGAAAGGGGACCAAGGCGCCACAGGCUGCGGGGGUUAUUCACACCGACUUUGAAAAAGGCUUCAUUUGUGCGGAAGUGUACAAGUACACGGACCUGGUGGAGUUCAAGUCGGAGAGCGAGGUCAAGGCCAACGGCAGGUAUUUGCAGAAGGGCAAGGAUUAUGUCGUGGAAGACGGCGACAUCAUCUUCUUCAAGUUCAAUGUGUCUUCCUCGGGAAAAAAGUAG